AUGGUAACUAUGACAGGAGAAGAAAGCGACUUUUACGAUGGAUGCAAAAGCAUUUUAACAAAUUUGUUAGAAAGAAAUAAUGAUAAAAAGAAAAUAAAUAUAAGUUUAAGAGAAUUUAAUUUUUACGAAAAUGAGAAAAGAGAACUAAACUGCAUUAACAUAUCUCCAUGUAAGUAUUACAUGAGUAUCUGUGAUUCGUUUGGUAUAAUAUAUGUAUAUAAAAUUGUAGGAAAUGAAUUUGUUUAUAUACUGAAGCUGGACAUUUACUGUACUAGCACAGUAGUGAAAUCAGUUAUAUGGGUUAGCAAAAAGAAUAAAUGUAGUAGCAAAAAUAGUACAAAAAAUGGUAAAAAGAAAAUACACUUAUUUAUGAACAAUGAUUAUAAGGAUUAUUUAUUAUUCAUUUCAACCUUGUGUGGAAUUAUAAUUCUGUACGACUUAGAAAGUAAAAAUAUUGUUCAAAAGAUAGUAACGAACGGAAGUAUAAGCUGUUGCAAAUUAAACAAUACGUUGCAGUAUUUCGGAAUGUGCAAUUUAAAUGGAUAUUUUUAUUUAUAUAAUAUUUACCAGAAUGAGGGAAAAACGAUAUAUAACUGUUUUGACAAAUUUUACGAAUCGGACAUAGAGGAAGAGGGGGGAAUAAUCGUCCAGUAUGGGACAAACUACAAGAAGAGUAAGAAUUAUAGGAAAGGUGCCAAGAGGGGCAGAGCUGAAAUUAGAGGAAAUGGAGAAAGAAGCAGAAGUAGAGGAGGCAGAGGAGGUAGAGAAGGCAGAGGAGGCAGAGGAGGUAGAGAAGGCAGAGGAGGCAGAGAAGGCAGAGGAGGCAGAGAAGGCAGAGGAGGCAGAGAAGGCAGAGGAGGCAGAGAAGGUAGAGGAAGCAGAGGAAGUAGUGAAAGUAGGGAUGGUAGCUUAUGCAACAUAAGGGACGAGUACGUACAUGCUAGCGAAGGAUGCACCUAUAUAUCCUCUCCGGAGCAGCAAUGUAAUAAAAGGAUAAAGCUGUCGAAUGACUUGUCGUCCUACUUGGAUGAUACUUAUAACAUGCAAAGCAGCCGAGAAAAUAGCGACGAAGGUAGCGUUAAUAAUGAUGGUAGUAGCGUUAAUAAUGAUGGUAGUAGCGUUAAUAAUGAUGGUAGUAGCGUUAAUAAUGAUGAUAGUAGCGUUAAUAAUGAUAAUAGUGGCAUUAAUAAUGAUGGAAAUACGAGCAGUGCUGUGCCGAAUGACGAGCCAAACAACACUGGCGAGGGCACAACCCUUCCCCUAUUUGCUCAGAAGGACGAACACAAUUAUGAUUAUGUAAAAAACGAAACGUUUAACAUUUAUAUUAAAAAUAAAUUUAAGUGCAAAGAAAAGUUAGUUUGUUUAUAUUUUGUAGACGUGCUUAAAAAGAGGAGUGUUUUGCUGGAUGUUAUGGAUCAUGGCCUGAUGAAAAAGAAUAAAAAAAUAGGAAAAUACAAUGGCAUUGGCAUUGGCGUUGGCACCGGAACUGGAACUGGCCGUUACAUCGACUACGGCGGCUACCGCUCCGUUUCCAACAACAAGGAGUGCCAUAGUGAACUGCGAAGCGGAAUUCGAUCCAUUGAAAAGUCGUAUGAUAACUAUAAUCACUAUGUACUGUUAGGAAGCGAAAAUUCGAAAAUUUAUAAAUACAAUUUGUCGAACAGUAUAUGUGAAGGGGAGUUUAUAAGUAUGAAUAAGAACUCUGUAAUAUGGGAUGUCAUGUACAUUUACAAAACAGAUGAAAUUGUAUGUGUUGAUAAUAAAGGAUCAUUAAUAAUAUUUGACAACAACACUUAUUCUAUUAAAUAUUUUUUUAAUAUUCACAAUUACAAAUCUGUUUCUUUAACUAAAACGUUAAAUGAGAAGUUCAUUUUUUCAGCAGGUGUUGAUCGUCAUAUAAUUAAAUAUACAUUAUCCGAAAUACAUACGGCUGGUAGUGUUAACUAUCAGAGGGAUAGUAACACAGCUCGUGGAAGUAGAUUCAUAUGGGUGAACAACUACAAGCUUGAUGAGCAUAAUGGAAGGGAUCGUUUUCAUGAAAAAGCCCACCCCAGCUCAGGUGGGACAGUCCCUUCGCCUCGACCACAGAAAAGUAAUAAUAAUAUUAUUGACUGCGAUGCUAACUGCGAUACUAACUGCGAUGCUAACUGCGAUGAUAACUGCUAUCCUAAUGGCUACCCUAAUGGCUAUCCUAAUGGCUAUCCUAAUGGCUACCCUAAUGGCUACCUAGCUAUCCUAAUGGCUAUCCUAAUGGCUAUCCUAAUGGCUAUCCUAAUGGCUAUCCUAAUGGCUACCCUAAUGGCUACCCUAAUGGCUACCCUAAUGGCUAUCCUAAUGGCUAUCCUAAUGGCUAUCCUAAUGGAUAUGCUAACCGUGGUGCUAACUGUAAUGACAAUAAUCAACAUCAGUGCGAAGGAAUUAUUCUUUAUCCACAAGGUAAAAGCAUCAAGGAAGAUGGACAAGAAGUGGUAUUUUAUUAAUAAAUAUUCUGCACACAUUUCAGACAUUAAACAGAUCGUUUUUUUAAGUGACAACUACUUGUUAAGUAUAAGCGAUGAUUUAACCUUUUGCUUAAUUGAUAUUCUGCAUAACCGAAAGAAGUACUACUCAAUUAAAAAUAUCUCAAAUAGCAAACAUGUAUUUUUUUCAUCGAAUUUGAAGAACAUCCUGUGUGUUUAUUCGAAUCAGUUGAAUGUUUACUACAAUGAAAAUUGCAUUGCUUCUCCCAGCGCUGCUAACACUAGUGAUGUUUCUAACGCUAUUAAUGCGGGUGACUAUGCUGGCCGCUCCUCAAGGGAACCAGAUGAAGGAACGGUAUUAAAGAGGUGCAAUACAUAUAUGACAAAUGCUGAAGGAAGGAUAACUCCUCAAGUUGGUGCAUGCAUAAAUGCAUCGAAUUACAGGCAUCUAGUGAACAUUACUUAUGAAGAAAACGAAUACAUAAUCAAAUGCAAUUUAAACAAACAAUUUGAUAAAAUAGCUUGUGUAACGAAUAAGAAUUUUAGCUUAUACCAUUUUAAUGCAGAUACUUUGACUAUUUUUAACUACGACAUUUCGAAUCUGAACUUUUUUAAAGUGUAUGACUUUUGUUUUUUAAAUAAUAAUCAUAUAAUUGUUUCUUUGCAUAGACGCACAGAUGAACUUCAUUAUAAUAAGGUAAAAACGAUUAACAAUACGAAUAAAGCCAAUGGUAACACAUGGAAUGGUAAGAAUUAUCGAAUGCAACAAAACCAUAGCGGAUUUGAAAGGAAUGACCAAGUGGAUCACACUGACAACAUGUACAGUAAUGAUGGAAACCCUAGGGAAAGCAGCAACAGUCGCUUGUCCAUUCAAAGAGUGAACAAUAGCUUGGCUGGUUUCCCCUAUGGUGAUGAUAUAAACUGCUCCAGCAGAGUAGGAAAUAAAAAAGAAUCAAAACUAAGCUUCAUCUUUAACAAUAAUUUAAAUGAAAAUCUAAACAUAUACAAAAAUUCGUUUAGCUACUACAUAACAAUAUAUAAUAUAAAAAAAAAAAAAAUUAAAGAAGAGCUAAAGGUUGAUAGGGUUCUUUGCAAUUUUAAGAAAUAUAAGAAAGGAUUAAUAGUUUGUUCUGACUAUAUGAAAAACAUUUAUUUGUUUUUUAAAAAUAUGAAAAUGAAAAGAUACUUAAACAAAUGUAUAAGACUGAGUGAUUUUAAUAUGAAUGAGGAAAAUGCGCAUCGUAGUUUUCUCUUCUAUUUCGUUGUAGAAGAUUUUUUUUUAGUUUUUACAUUAGAUAAUUUAUUGUAUAUAUAUUACAUGGAUUUUAAUAAGAAUAACAUAUAUAUGGUAAAGAAGAGUCUUAUCAAAUAUUAUAAUCUUAACGAGUUAAGUGAUAUUAUUUUAGUCAACUUGAAUAUACAUACAGAGAAUCAAAAAGAAGAUAACAUGUCCACAUUUGAGGAUGUAGAAACAUUGAGUAAAGAACAAAAGGAAAAUAAUGAAGUACAUAUAAAAUAUUAUUUAAAAUACAAAUAUUGUCUUAUAUUAAAAGGAUUAAAUAUAGUACGAAUAGUUGACUUUAAUAUACAUGACCAUUCUCUUAUUGACAUAAAUAUUUGUAGAUCACGUACCAUAUCAAAUAUUAAUAACAAUACAUGUAGUCAAUAUUACAUUCCUUCCUUAAAUUUUAAAUACAAUUUUUUAAAUUUAAAGCAUUUAUAUUUUCAAGAUGCAAAUAUCUAUUCUUUUAUUAAAAAGGAAAUAAGAAAAGCAGGAAUACCAAAUGCAGAUGGUAAUUUUAUGGUUAACAGUUGCGAUGAACAAAAUCACAUCUCGUUAAGUGAACAAAAAAAAGGAAAAAAUCAAUUGAGGAAAGAGAGCGAGUCCUUAUACAUGAAUAUGUUUUCACUCUCUUUUAAAACACUCACACACUUAAAAAGAAGUAAUAUUGUAAACAUUCACUUCUUGUACACCACUGAAAAUAACAUAAUCGUUCUAAUUUGCAUACCAAAGAAUAUCGACAGCACCUUAAUUAACGUAGCGGACACGAAGAAGUACGUUAAGUAA